AUGUCGCUUGUUCUUGGCGUUGAUGCUCCGCGUUUGAAUAUCUUCGAACCUGAUACUCUGUUGGACCCCAAAAUCGGGUUUCCAUGGCCUGAAACUCGAAACUUCCCUUUUCACGACAAGAAGUUUAUAAUCCAACCAGUAGACAAGACUGCAAAUGAAGUCUACUUUUCAGUGGAGAAAUUCAAGAUUAAUAAGCGCAUUUUGGCGUUGUGCACCGGCAAUCGUGAGUGGAAUAGAUGA